AAAUGGUCAAAACUCCAAUAAAAGUAGUAAUAAGAACUCGUCCAACAGCAAAUUUCGCUUAUAAAAAUAUAAUUAUAAACGAGAACACUAAUUAAAUAUCAAUAAACAUAGCAAAAAACGCCGACAGUGGUUACGUAAAUCACCAAUAGGAAAAUUGGGGUUUUUAAUUUGAUAAGGUACUAUAAAAUGUAUCGCAAGAAGUAAUAUUUGAUAUAUGUUGUAAAGACAUAAUUUUAUCAGCAUUAGAAGGAUAUUCAGGAACAAUAAUAUGUUAUGGAUAAACUGGUGCAGGAAAAACAUUCACUACAACAGGAACUACUACAGAUUAUAAAUAUAGAGGUUUAAUUCCUAGAUGCUUAUCUCUUUUAUUUUAAGAAAUUGGAUAGAGAUAUGAAUAAUAGAUCACUGUAGGAGUUUCUUAUUUAGAAAUUUAUAAUGAAUAAUUAUCUGAUCUUUUAAUCGGCUAAGGAAAUUCAGAUAAUGUGAAUUCCUAAUUGGCUAUUUAAGAAGAUAAUAUGGGAAAUGUUCAUGUUAAAAAUCAAGUAAUAAAAUAAUGCAAAAAUGAAGAGGAUGCCUAAGCAAUGAUUUUUGAAGGAGAAACAAAUAAAACAAUAUCAGAACAUAGAUUAAAUAAGUAAUCUUCUCGUUCUCAUAGUGUAUUUACAGUACAUUUAGAAAUAAGAAGUAGAGUAGAAUCAACUGAAAAAGUUAUACUAACGAAAAUUAAUUUAGUAGAUCUAGCUGGAUCUGAAAGAACUAAAAAAACAGGGUCUGAAGGGCAAACAUUAUUAGAGGCAUAAUUUAUUAAUAAAUCUUUAUCUUUUCUUGAAUAAGUAGUAGUCGCAUUAAGUGAAAAAUAAAGAGAUCAUAUUCCUUAUAGACAAUCGAAAUUAACAAAUUUAUUAAAAGACUCAAUAGGUGGUAAUUCAAAAACUAUGGUCAUUUGUAAUAUUUGGCCUGAAAUAGACCAUUUAGAAGAAACUAUUUCAACCCUUAAAUUUGCAACAAGAAUGAUGAAAGUUUCUAAUGAUACAUCAAUUUAAAUGAAAUUAGAUCCCACACUUUUAUUAAAGAAAUAUGAAAAAGAAAUUAAAGAAUUGAAAUAAGAAUUAGCUAUGCAUGAUACAUUAGCUAAUAGAGGAAGAAUUACUUAUGAUUAAUACACUCCUGAAUAAUAGUAUGAAUAAUAAGUACUUGCAAAGAAAUUUUUAGAUGGUGCAAUAGAAGAUAUAGAAUUCGAAUCAUUAAGAUAAGUAAAAGAGUUGUUUUUCUAAUUUAGAAAUCUUUAUAAAAAUUUACUUAAAGAUGUUGAAAAUAAAAAUUAUGUUGAUGCACGUUUAGAAUAAAAAGAUACAAAUGUUAAUAAAAAAGUAGAUUAGACAAAAUAAUAAAACUAAGUAGGAGUUGAAGAAAAUAAAUUUGGGUUUGGAUUAGGAAAAUCUAGUAAAGAUGCAAGACCUUAAACUAAUAUUGAAAAUUUAGUAAAUAUACCAAAAGACGAAUUCCCUUAAUAAAAAUAACUUGAAUAAACAUAGGAAAAAACAGUCAAAUCUCCUGAAAAAAAUAAACUAGAAAAUAAAAUUAUCAAUGUUGAUAAAAAAUAAUCCUAUUAAGAAUUUAAGGAUACUGAAGGAAAAGAACUUAAUCUUUAAAUAGUAAAAAAUGUUAAAGAACUAAAAGAAAAUAAAGAAGAAAUUAUUCAUUUAACAAAUUUAUGUAAUGAAAUAAGACAAGAAAUAGAAAAAAUAAAAAUAGCAUUAGACAAAAAAUAAGAAAAUAAAAAUUAAGAAGAAAUUUAAUAAGGAAUUAUUGAUGAAGAAGAAUAUUAAAUAAUGUAAUCAUUAAAAGAGAAAAAAAAAGAUUAUAAAUUAUAUGCUAAUUAAGUAAAAGAAUUAAAAUCGACUAUUAUUAUUAUUGAUUAAACUAUAACUAAUUGUAAAAAUUAACUUUUGUCUAGAUUUGAAGAAUGGUUCCAAAAAAAAUAUGGAAUUUCUAUAAAUGAUAUAGAAAAUCCUUUAAUAAAUCAACCAAGUGAAGAUAAUAUCUCAAAUAACAAAUCCGAAGAUAUCGAUUAAGAUGCUUUAGCAUAUAUAAGAGCUAAAAAAAUGUAUUUAUAUAUAUAUAAUAUAUAUUUAUUUAUUUUUAAGGUCUCAUAAUUAUAAAAAGCAAGAAAAAUAGAAAAAAAUAAGAAUUGA